AUGGCGAGCGCCCGUCAUGCUGGCAAUGUCGACAGCGUCGGCAAGAAUGUGUUUACUCACCAGAGAAGCCACGAGUAUGUUGAAGAGCUCAAGAUGCGAAAUGAGAUGCUCGAGAAACAACUUGCGGCAGCGCAACAAGCCAAUGGACGCCGCUUCAACGUCCCUACAUUACCUGGAGGAAUGGAGGAUCCGACCACGGUGCCCGGCAACGGUGGCCAGGCGAUCAAUCCUGGGAGUCAAUACCUGUCCCCUUCACCGAGUCAGACAACAAAUCGUCCUCGCACAAACGAUCAACAGCAAGCCAUGCGACUGCCCAGCGAAAGCCACACGGCCGCAUCUGACGCCGUAACUGCAUUGAGCGACGCGAACAAGGGUACUCCGACAGAGUAUUUCGGCGAGUCUUCGACUUUCGAUUUCAUGGCCAAAGUCAGCUCCCCAGAGAAGGAAGCAUCAUCUGGGCGUCCGGGGAUUCAGGGCGGUGGAUCUGCUCUGCGAGACCCCAACACGUCGCUUGCAGCCUCAUCUCCUUCAGUUCCGUUUUUUGGGAUUUUGAAUGCCGAGUCUGACGAUCCAUUUGGUCUCCCCUCCCGGUUUGUAGCGGACCCUUUGGUAGAUGCAUACUUCAAAUACCGGCACCCGCUCAACCCUUAUCUGCAUGAAGGAACAUUUCGACUGAGAUAUCGGCGAAUGUGGCUCAGUCAAGAUUUUGGUGGAGACGGAGCGCCACAGCAAAGCCUUGCCUGGUAUGGACUCGUUAACCUUGUCUUUGCGUUCGGAAGUGAUCAUGCCAAUGUCACCGGCCGUUUGGCGGGUAAUCGGUCUCGUUACUUCAAAAGAGCAAAGACAUUGCUCGUGUCUGGAUUGUUACAAGUUGGCACUAUCGAGCUCGUUCAAGCUCUGCUACUAAUGGGUCAGUACCUUCAUGGGGCUCUCGAGCUGAACAACUGCUGGACGGUUAUUGGACUUGCAAUACGUACAGCACAGGGAUUAGGACUGCACCUCAACCCUGCCACCUUCACUUCAGAUACGAUCGAGCAAGAAGUGCGCAAGCGGGUGUGGUGGGGCUGCUUUGUCCUCGACCGAGUCUUAAGCAUGAAGGUCGGCCGGCCCACGAUUCCCGACGGUCCAGGAAUUGAAGUGGGUAUGCCUCUGGCCGUAGACGACGAGUUCCUGACCGAAGAGGGGCAGUCCGUUCAGCCCCAAGGCCUGCCUUCCAAGCUGGAGUAUUUCAAUCAGGUCAUUCCGCAGUGUCGGCUGAUGGAAAAGAUCCUGAAGACUCUGUACAGCGGAGACGGACCUGGGGUGAACACGCAGAAAGCGAGGCCGGUUAUGGAUACUACUCAAUUCCUGGCCCUGUCCAUUCAACUCGAUGGGGAGUUGACCACAUGGCAAGACAACCUCCCGGGUCAUCUCAAACCAGGAGCAGAGGGCUUGGAGUGGCACUUUGAAAGACAGAGAAAUGUGCUCCUAAUGAGAUAUCUUCACGCUCGACAUCUGAUCCACCGACAGACUCUACUCCUUUAUAUUACGCGGAGGGUCACCGACCACUUUCAGCGCGAAAUCAUGCUCAAGUGUGUCAAGCGUUGUGUUACAGCCGCUUACGACUCGAUCACUCAGAUGGGGAGUUUGCAUCAUCAGAACAAGCUAUCCUCGUUCUGGCACAAUUCACACUAUGUCUUUGCGGCCCUUGGUGUCCUCCUGGUGUACCAGACGGUUGAACCCCAAUCCAAGGCUGAUAUCGGUUUGCCUCCAAAUGUGGACGUUGACCAUGCUGUCCGGAUCGGUCUCGAGCUUCUCCAGCGUGUGGGUGGCCAAAUGCACCCGCUUGCAUCUCGAUACGUCCAAGCCAUUCAACAACUGCAAGCAAGAUUACAGGCUCUGUCCGCAUCCAGGAGCAAGCCCCCCUCGAGAGAGGCAAGCAGCUCCGAAAGGAACGGGGCGCAGUCAGGGGUUGCAUCUUCUAGUAAUCCUAAUCAAUCACAAGUCCCACCUAAUGCUGUGGGAUAUCAGUAUCCUCACCAACCACCGCACCAGCAAGCCGGCAAUACCCUGUACCCUCCCUACAGUCAAGACGCUUAUCAGUCAACGCCGGGAGAGGGGUCUCUGCGGGCUGGAUUCGAGGAUGAAUUCGCAAAUAUCGAGAGCAUGCUCAUGGAUAGCACAGGCUGGACGGGUUUGAUGGACGAUUGGAGUGACAAUCCGGUACAUCCUCCCACCCUUUCCAGGUUCUGUGAUCCCAAUUCAAGGCCUAACUAA